AUGGAAGAAACAAGAGAUAGGUUUUCUCCUUCUGGCGAAGAAUCAUCCGGGGGUAAAAAGAUGGCGAGAACCCUCCCUUAUUUAACUGAGGAUAUUUGCGUUGAAACCUCUCUCCACUGCACUUUAGAUUGUGUUUUUAAGUGGAAAUGUUUAUCAAAGGUAUGGAAUUCUUAUCUCUCUAGUCCUAGUUUUAUUUACAAUUGGAUCCAAAACAACAAUUCUGCUGAUCUUCCGUGGAAUCUGUUUUACAAACCUGAAAGUGAAUUUGCAAUUGCACAUCUGGCUUCUCACUCUUGUUUGAUUUCGAAUCGGUUUUCUUUUCGAUUCGUAAGUCCAGACGGAGAGAUAGUAUCCCCUUUAUGCUCGAGUAAUGGUUUAGUACUAUGUGCAAAGAGAAUAAAAUUUGCGUGGCAUUAUUAUGUUUGCAAUCCACUCACCCAAGAAAGUGUUCCACUUCCUAGACCAGAUGCAGCUCAGUGCAGUAGUGUAACCUGUUUCACAUGCGAGGUUUCUUCCGUAUCUACAACAUACAAGGUUGUGCGUAUAGUCCUCCCAGUUGAAAAGAGAUGUGACAGUUUCAGAUAUGAAAUUCAAGUAUUUGCUUCUGAUUGGGGAAAUGGAAGAACUAUCGUAUUCCUUCUGCUCAAGGUGUCAGGUGGGGACUAA